AAAGAUGAACUUUAGACAUCUUUAUCUAGUCUAGCUGAAUAGUGUCAUAUUAUUUGUGUUUAUUUGUUGCAGAGAACUUUUCACCGAAGAGGUGGAAAAAAAAUUAAAAAAUAUGUCAAAAGUAAAAUAUUUCUAUGACUUAAUGUCCCAGCCAUCCAGAGCUCUAUGGAUUGCAUUGCAAAUGGGCAAAGUCCCGUAUGAAGAUUGUCCAGUGGCCCUAAGAAAACUCGAACAACGCACAGAGGAGUAUAGAAAAAUCAAUCGUUUUCAAAAGGUCCCUUGUAUUGUGGAUGGAGAUUUUCAUUUAAGCGAGUCGGUAGCAAUUUUAAGAUAUUUAUCUGAUAAAGGCCUGUUCUGCGACAAAUUGUAUCCCAAGGAUAUUAAAAAUCGUGCACGCGCUGAUGAAUUUUUGGAAUGGCAUCAUUUGACAAUACGUUAUGGCUGUGCCUUCUAUUUCGCCCGUCUAUGGCUUUUUCCUAUGAAUGGCUUGGCGGAGAAACCUUCACCAAAGGAAACCUCUCAUUUGCUUAAAGAAAUGGAAAAUAAUUUGAAAAUUCUGGAGAAGAUAUGGCUAAAGAACAGUGACUUUGUAAGUGGAAACAGUUUAACCGUAGCCGAUCUUUUUGGUGCCUGUGAAAUAGAGCAGACAAGACUAUGUCAAUAUGAUGUAUCGGAAAAAUUCCCCAAAAUUUCUGCAUGGCUAGCAAGAGUGCGUGAGGAGUCCAAUCCCUUUUAUGAUAAAGGUCAUGCAUUUAUUUACAAAAAAUCCGGAUCUAAGCCAAAGGAUUAAGAUGCUAGAUUUCAAAGUUUAUAGCAAUAUUUGCAUAAAAUAAAAUUGAUAAUAUGUCUGGCAUUCAAA